AUGACACGCUCUAUCAUCAUUCUCUUCCUCCUCAUCUCUUUCACAUGCUUUCCAUUUGAAACUCUGAGCCAGAUCGACUCUGCUUCUAGAGUGAUCAGUCCUGAGAAUGCCUGUAGCGUCACCCCCAACCCCAACUUCUGCAUGUCCCUCAUACCCCCCCAGACACGCACCAACUUCCAUGACUACGUCCGAUUCUUGGUCAACAAGUCCCUUGACCAGUCGGCCAGCUUCUCCUCCCUCAUCGACCAUGUUAUUAAGGGCAACGCCACCCUCCCUCCGUUAGCCAUGGCCGCCCUCAACGACUGCCUUCUCCUUUCCCAACUCACCACCGACUUCUUGGCCUCCUCCUCCACUACGCUCAACGGCACCGACUCCAGCCUGCCGAAUGAGCAAGUCGACAUGGUGCAUACCCUACUGAGCGCCAUCAUCACCAACCAGCAGACCUGCUAUGACGGACUUACUCAAGCCUCCUUCUCACACCGAGGCCACAACCUCUACGCUCCUCUGGUUAAUGGAUCCCGACUCUAUAGUGCAUCCUUAGCCUUGUUCACCCACUACUGGGUACCUAAGCUCGAGCCCGGUCGACAGUUGCUGGACGAGCUAAAGGUGGCACCAGAUGGUCUACCCCGUUGGGUCGACAAGGAAAUAUUCCGGCAUGGUUCCGGUAGGAGGAUGGAUCUCCAGACUGUGGGAAACGUCGUGGUCGCCCAGGAUGGCAGCGGAAAUUACCGCACCAUAACCGACGCCAUUGCUGCGGCUCCUUUCAAGAGCGACGGCGGGAGCGGCUACUUUGUGAUACACGUGAAAGCCGGUGAGUACCAGGAGCAAGUGACAAUUGAUAAGAAAAAGAAAUACAUAAUGAUGGUGGGAGACGGGAUAGGGAAGACGAUCAUCACCGGCAGCCGGAGCGUCGGAGGCGGGUCGACCACCUUCAACUCUGCAACCCUUGCUGUACAAGGGGAAGGCUUUGUAGCAAUUGGCAUCACAGUACGCAACACAGCAGGGCCAGCUAAAGGCCAAGCAGUGGCAGUGAGAAACGGUGCGGACCUUUCAGCGUUCUAUCAAUGCAGCUUUGAGGGAUAUCAAGACACUCUCUAUGCCUACUCCCUCCGUCAGUUCUAUCGGGAGUGCGACAUUUACGGCACCGUGGACUUCAUCUUUGGGAAUGCGGCUGCCGUCUUCCAGAACUGCAACAUCUAUGCUCGGCUGCCGCCUGGGAAGCUAAACACCGUGACAGCACAAGGCAGGUCGGAUCCGAAUCAGAACACUGGCACCUCCAUUGUAAACUGCAAUAUCUUGGCUGGUCCUGAAUUAUCCAAGGCAACCAACGUGAGGACCUUUCUCGGCCGGCCGUGGCGGCCAUACUCUAGAACGGUGGUCAUGCAGUCCAACCUUGGCAGCUUGAUCGACCCUGCCGGUUGGCUGGCUUGGAGCAGUAGUUCCGCUCUGGGAACAUUAUACUACGGUGAGUAUGGCAACCGUGGGCCAGGUGCAGACACUAGUAGGAGGGUUAAAUGGCCGGGAUUCCACUUGAUGAUGGCCAACGAUGCUGGAGGCUUCACGGUGUCUAAUUUUGUCCAUGGAGAUGUGUGGCUGCCUAAGACAACUGUGCCCUUCACAGGUGGGUUGGCUUGA